AAGCCGCGUGAUGUUCCUAACUUUCUCAACUUUGUUUUACAUGAUAGUUAGAGAGCAAGUCGUUAAGUGGGUUUUAGUUUUUUCAGAUGAAUUUUUGUAUAUAUUUUCGCUCUACUGGUUUAGUUAAUCUUAGAAGUUUGAACGAUAUUUACUUGGUUGGUGGUUUACAAAAGAAAACAGUAACACGUCAAAUCACACUAGCAAACUUAGAUAAGAUUUAUUCCGCACUCAGUCUCUCUGCUCUCACCGACGCCUCAUUACCCUAAUUUAGUGCUGCGAAAAAUUUGCAAUUUCACUGUUGGUCUUGGAGAUUGGCCUCUGUAUCAAGAUGGAUCUGCUGAGCAGUUUACCAGACGAGGUUCGUUGUCACGUAUUGUCAUUCCUUACCACAAAGGAGGCAGCGUCGACAUCACUUCUCUCAAAGAAAUGGCGCAACCUGUUUGCACUUGUCCCACAACUUGACUUUGAUGACUCUGAGUUUCUUCAUCCGGAAGAUGGUAAGCGGGAAAGAGAUGGAAUUAUAGAAAGCUUCAUGGAUUUUGUGGAUAGAGUAUUGUCUCUGCAGGGCAAUUCUCCCAUUCGUAAGUUCUCUCUCAAGUGUGAAACUGGUGUCUCUCCAGCUCGUCUGAAUCGUUGGUUAUGUGAAGUGCUGCAGCGUGAUGUUUUAGACCUCGAUCUCACCAUUGAUUUAGGGUAUGGUUAUUACCUGCCUCAAGAGUUGUUCGUGAGUGAGACACUAGUCAAUCUGAAGUUAAAAAGUGCGUUUGGUAUUCAUUGGUGGACUGGAGCUGAAGGCACUUCUUUACCAAUGCUUAAAAGUCUUUGUGUUUACUCGGGAAGGGUUUUUUGUGAUGAUAAGCUUCAGGUGCUUCUUCCUUCUUUCCCUGUCCUUGAGGAUUUACAAAUGUCUAAUAUUCAGUGGAUAGAUUCUGAUGACACCGUCUCAAGUGCUACUCUCACAACGCUCCAUAUUACCGGCUUCCGCGCUCAAAAUCCAAAGAGUAUUUCUUUUGAUACUCCAAAUCUGCGUUCCUUUGUCUACACUGAUUUUGUUGCGGAGGACUAUCCAUUAGUCAAUAUGAAAAACUUGACUUUCGCUCGAAUCGCCCUUAGAACAAAUGGCGAUCAAAUCAAGCAAGUAAGAUUGCCAAAUAAUGAUCGCAACUUUGGCAAUGUGGUGAAACUCAUGAACGGCAUACAAAACGUUCAGGAACUUCACUUGUGUCCUGAUACCGUCGAGUUGCUUUCUCUAUGCUGUGAAUCGAUGCCAGUGUUCAACAACGUCAAAAAGUUACUUAUUUACAGUGAUGAGGCUCGAGGAUGGCAAGCAGUGCCAGUUCUUCUAAAGAAUUGUCCACAUUUAGAAAUUCUAAUCUUUGAGGGUCUCGUGCACCAUGUGACAGAUAAAUGCGGGGAUGCUUGUGACUGCAUUUAUCGAAAGGAAAAAGGCAGUUCGCUCAGAUCUUGUCCAGUGAAAGUGGUAGAGAUAAAAGGUUUUGGAGUAACAAUGAAAGAAAAGCACAUGAUAGAGCAUUUCUUGGACUACUUUUCGUGUUUGAAGGAGAUGAAGAUUUAUGUUGAAGAAGAUGGUAUUACACAGAUUAUGAACAACCCUGAAGUGUCUAAACUUGUCUUGGAUGAGAUGGAAGAGUACGACGAGAUGUACAGUUGCAAUGUCAAGCUAUACUUGGAUAAGAAGUCGAUUAGAAAUCUCUGAAGAAGAAGGCCUCCUCCGAAUUUCGUCUUAUGUAUCAUAUCCUUAUCCUUGGCUCGGCCAGACUCAUUCUCACGCCUGUUUUGCUUGAUUCCUCGAAACUUUCUGAUUGUGUUUGAACUACGAAUUGACCUAAGGGUUACUGAUUGAUUUUCAUCCUCUAGACUCUAUCUUUAUGUGUGUAUUUGCAGUUUGAUCAUUAACUUGUUGGUUUCACUAGAUUUUGCCAUAAACAUUAGAGUAAAUCUUGAUGUUGUUUCAA